AUGUCUCUACUGGAGCUUUCCAUUUCAGUGAAAAAUCUAGCUCAUCACUCACAACUUGCUUCUUGUGAUAUUUCAACAUUGCCUCAAAUACCUGUGUGUGUGUGUGUGUAUGUGAUGCAACCAAAAGUGAAUGUGGGAGAAAUCAUUUUUCACUUAGGAUUUGAUGGAAAAUAUCGAGGGCGAAAUUUGUCCCGAGGCUGUAUUAAGUUGAAAAAUGGAAAACGUGAAUUGCGUUAUCAAUCGCCUAAGGGAAAAGUUUAUUACUCUCUCAGAAUGGCUUGUAAAAGUGUUAUUGACGAAUAUGGAGAGGAAGGAACAGUGGUGAGUCAAGACUUGGAAAGCAAGCAACCAAGAAAAAGGAAGUGUUUGAAGCCGUCUGAAUCUUUUCAAUCCAAACCCAAAAAAGAAAAACAAAAAACACCUGCGAAAAAUCAAACCAAACCUCGUAUAACAGUGCGGGAAGGUUUGCUUUCUAGUUCCUGUAACCCUAGAACCGUUCUCUCUUGGUUGAUAGAUAACAAUGCGGUUUCGCCGUUGGGAAAAGUGUAUUACCGCAACAAGGCAGGGAACCCUUCGAGGAAAGGACGGAUAACUCGUCAUGGGAUUCAAUGUGACUGUUGUUUCAGGGUUUUUACUCUCACUGCCUUUGAGUCUCAUUCUGGUAGUACCAACCAUAGGCCAGCUGCUAAUAUAAUGUUAGACGAUGGCAGUGGCAGGUCUCUGUCUGAUUGUCAAAGGCAAGUUCGUGAUUUAAUGAUUUCCAAAGUAGAGAGCGCUAAAACUGUCGAGGGCAAUUCGUAUGAACGUGAGACUGAUGAGGUUUGCUCUGCUUGUCGCAAUGGAGGAGAAUUAAUGUGCUGUGAUAAUUGCCCUUCUGCUUUCCAUUCCAAUUGCCUGGGCCUCAAGGAAGUUCCAGAUGGCGACUGGUUUUGUCCAUCCUGCUGUUGUGGAAUUUGUGGCAUUGGGCAUUUAAGUGAUGAUAGUUUUCGUACUUGUCAUCAAUGUGAGCGUAAAUUUCAUGUUGGCUGCCUUAGUUUGGAGGAAUCAUGGAACUUGAAGAAUUAUCAGACUGGAAAAGACUGGGUUUGUAGCUAUAGCUGUGGAAAUAUAUUUUCUGGCCUGCGAAAGCUUACAGGAAAACCAAUUCCAAUGCAGAACAAUCUUACUUGGACAUUAUUGAAGUCUGAGGCCUGCUCUGAUAGUGAUACUGAUCAUGCUCAUGGCCUGGAGGCAUCGGUAGAAAAUCACAGUAAGUUGAGUGUUGCACUUGAUGUGAUGCAUGAAUGUUUUGAGCCUAGUGAAGAUGUUUACACCGGGAGAGAUCUAGUUGAAGAUGUGAUUUUCAGUAGAGGGUCAAAGCUGAAACGAUUGAAUUUCAAAGGAUUCUAUACGGUGAUUCUGGAGGAAAAUGAUGAUCUGGUUGCUGUGGCCACUGUGAGGGUAUAUGGUGACAAGGUGGCUGAAAUGUCCCUUGUUGCUACUAGGUUCAGAAACCGUCGCCGUGGUAUGUGUCGAGUUUUGGUGGAUGAACUCGAAAAAAAUCUAGUGAAAUUCGGGGUGGAGAAGCUGAUUUUACCUGCAGUUCCUAGUACGGUUGAUACAUGGACUAAAAAUUUUGGGUUUUCCCGCAUGACAGAUGAUGAGAGAUCAGAGCUUUUGCAGUAUACUUUACUAGAUUUUCAGGGGACCAUAAUGUGCCAAAAAGACUUAAAGACAGAAGCAUUUGUGACAGACUGA